GGUUUCACGUUUCCUGUGAACUCUGGACUGCGCGUUCAUGUCCUCUGCAGCUAAAGCCAUGUCCAAGUUCCGUCUGGCGGUGGUCCAGAUGCGCGUGACCAGCGUCAAGGCAGAGAACCUGAGCAGAGCCCGGAAGCUGGUGAAGGAGGCGGCGGGAAAGGGCAGCCAGCUGGUUCUACUUCCGGAGUGCUUUAACUCCCCCUAUGGGACCAGUUUCUUCUCCCAGUACUCUGAGAGGAUCCCAGGGGAAUCUUCUGAGAUGCUGUCGGAGACGGCCAGAGAGAACCAGGUGUACCUGGUGGGAGGGUCGAUCCCGGAGGCGGGGGAGGGGGGCCGGCUCUACAACAGCUGUCUGGUGUUCGGUCCGGAUGGAGAGCUGCUCCUCAAACACAGGAAGAUCCACCUGUUUGACAUCGACAUCCCGGGGAAGAUCCGCUUCCAGGAGUCUGAGACCCUGAGUCCUGGUAGUGGUCUGUCCAUGUUCCAGACCCCGUUCUGUAAGGUCGGCGUGGGGAUCUGCUACGACAUGAGGUUUGCGGAGCUGGCUCAGCUCUACAGCAGGAGAGGCUGUGAGCUGCUGGUCUACCCCGGGGCCUUCAACAUGACCACGGGGCCGGCCCACUGGGAGCUGCUGCAGAGGGCCAGGGCUCUGGACAACCAGCUGUACGUUGCCACGGCGUCGCCGGCCCGAGACGAGACGUCCUCCUACGUGGCCUGGGGCCACAGCAGCGUGGUUAGCCCCUGGGGGGAGGUGAUCUCGAAGGCCGGACCGGAGGAGGCCGUCAUCUACGCCGACGUGGACCUGCAGUACCUGGCCGACAUCCGGCAGCAGAUCCCCGUCACGGCUCAGCGGCGCGACGACCUCUACGAGGUGACCUCCACGCAGUGACCUCUACGGUGACCUCUACGAGGUGACCCCCACGCAGUGACCUCUACGGUGACCUCCACGCAGUGACCUCUACGGUGGGAUCUCUAUGGUGACCUCUGUGCCGAAAUGAGAAGUUGUUCAAUAGAUGUUACAUUAUGGUCUUUAAAUAGUUGAAGAGGAACUUUUGUGUUUUAUGGAACCGUUUCUAUGAUUUUAUAACACUAAUGAGGACAUCAAGGUUUCAAAGCGCUCUUUUUUAUAUAUAAAUAUAUAUAUUUAAAUAUAUCAAAUAUAUAUAUUUUAUACAUUUAUAUAUUUAAAUAUAUAUGUUAUUUAUAUAUAUAAAUAUAUAAGUAUAUAAGACUUAACUGAUGAAGUUAAAACUGAUUCCAGCUUCUUAAAUUAAUAUUUUCCUCAGUGAACUUUUUGAUUUUUUAGAAACACGAUUUUUCACCCUUUAUUAAAAUGUUGAAUAUCAAAUUAAUGGAUUAUUAAUCAUAAAGAAAUAAUCAUUACAUCUUUUACUAUUUUUGUAAAUUAAAGUUUUUCAUGAUGUAGAAAUAUUUAAAUCUUUGUUUUUGAACGAUUGUUGAUUUAAAUAAACAUAGUGUCCUGAUGUAAAUAAAAAAUAAAGCCUGAA